AUGAUAUCAAAACUAUUGUUGAUCAUCUAUUGCUUAGCAGUAUUUGUUAAUGCAGCCCCCAAUCAAUCAAGAAUUUGCAAUAGAGAUAUUCAUAUUCCAUUUACAGGGUAUAAGAUUGAGAAUCAGAUUGAUUUGAAGGGAUUCUCAAAUAAUUACCAUCUCAUUUAUUGUAAUGAUAAUGUUUUAAUAUAUGAUUUAAAUUUGAAUAGUUCAAUUCCAUGGGCUCAAUCUUUGAAUUUCACUAAUACUGUCAAUAGUGGAAAGAUGAAUCGACUUGCAUUGGCAAGAAGGAAAUCGUUUGCAUUGAGAAAAGUCCCUGUUUUCUUGCCUAAUACAUUAGUUGGAGGUUUGUUUUAUGAAGAUGAUAAAGUUGCCAGAAUCUCUAAUACAGAUGUCAAUAUAUCAAUCUUUCAACAACCUCUUAAAUCGAUUCCAUUGGUGGCUGAUAAUUUAUUAGAUUAUUGGCUAGAAGUGGAUGUUAAACUUGAUACCAUUCUCCAUAUACCUGUUUUAAGUACACCAGGAAUCGGGAGUAGAAGAUAUAAUGCCGAGUUCAUGAACUACAAGUAUGAUGAAUGGUCAAAAUAUAUAUCUGCAAGUGAAAGUUAUUCAUUCGAUUAUGAUUCAAGAUUAUGGGUUAGAAAAUCUUUAGAUAAAGCUUUGAAACUGAUUGGCGCUUAUUCCAUACUUUUACCAAGAUAUUUACAAACAAAGUUUAAUAAUAGUUCAGAAGGUGGGGAUGACAAUGGAAGUUAUAUCCUUUGUAAAUUAAUAUUCAUUUCUAAACUUAUUCCAAAAUUUCUGUUUAGUCGUUUACUAGUUAAAGUUGAUAAAAUUUUAGGUAAUAGUUAA